AUGCUUUUCACAUGGGAUUGGAAAAACCUAUGUGUUGUGUUCAGAUGGUGGCAUGUUCGAAGCUUAACAUCGUUCAUUGUUACGUUGGUUGCAUUAGUGGUAUUUGGUAUUGGUUAUGAAUUCUUCAAAUCUAGAGCAAAGAGAUACGAAGCAAAACACCAAGGUGUGACUAAUCCAGUUAAAAUAGGCUCCGUUAGUCGUAUACAAAAAUCAGUGUAUUAUGGAUUGUUGGUUGGCUAUUCAUAUAUGAUGAUGUUGGUUUUCAUGACAUAUAAUGGUUGGGCAAUGAUCGCUGUUGUUCUUGGUGCUGUUCUUGGGAACUACCUAUAUGGUGGUGAGAUUAACGAUUCAAUGGCUUGCCAUUGAGUACUUCAACAUACAUACAUAUAUACCUUGACAUCUAUUUAUAUACGACUUUGAUGAUAGAAAAUGUAGAAGAUUCAAAUUACAAAACAAUCAAUUACAAAAGAUUUCAAACUACAACUU